CGGCCGCAGUAUGAAGUGGCGCAGCGAUGGCAAGGAGAGGUAAGAAGCCCGUAGUGCGAACGCUGGAGGAUUUGACGCUGGACUCGGGUUAUGGUGGCGCGGCGGACUCGGUGCGCUCCUCCAACUUGUCCCUGUGCUGUUCCGACUCACACCCGGCGUCCCCGUAUGGCGGGAGCUGCUGGCCGCCUCUAGCUGACUCCAUGCACAGCCGGCACAACAGCUUUGACACCGUCAACACUGCCCUGGUGGAAGACUCCGAGGGGCUGGACUGCGCCGGCCAGCACUGCUCGCGGCUGCUGCCGGACCUUGACGAGGUCCCUUGGACCCUCCAGGAGCUGGAGGCGCUGCUGCUGCGCUCGCGGGAUCCCCGGGCAGGCCCGGCGGCCCCCGGCGGCCUGCCCAAAGACGCGCUAGCCAAGCUGUCGAUGCUGGUGAGCCGGGCGCUUGUACGCAUCGCCAAAGAGGCGCAGCGCCUGAGCCUGCGCUUCGCUAAGUGCACCAAGUACGAAAUCCAGAGCGCCAUGGAGAUCGUGUUGUCCUGGGGCCUGGCGGCGCACUGCACGGCGGCCGCGCUGGCCGCACUGUCCCUCUACAAUAUGAGCAGUGCCGGCGGCGACCGCCUGGGCCGCGGCAAGUCGGCGCGCUGCGGCCUCACCUUCUCGGUGGGCCGCGUGUACCGCUGGAUGGUGGACAGCCGCGUGGCGCUGCGCAUCCACGAGCACGCCGCCAUCUACCUGACGGCCUGCAUGGAGAGCCUCUUCCGGGACAUCUACGCGCGGGUCGUGGCCUCCGGGCUGCCCCGGAGCUGCAGCGGCCCCAGCUCGGGCUCCAGCACUGGCCCAGGCCCGGGCUCGGGCCCCAAUGCGGCCCCCGUGGCGGAUAAGGAGCGGGAGGCACCCGGAGGGGGCGCGGCGAGCGGCGGCGCCUGCAGCGCAGCCAGCAGCGCCAGCGGGGGCAGCAGCUGUUGCGCCCCGCCGGCUUCCACUGCCACAGCCGCCGCAGCCCCGCCGGCCGCCGCCGCCGCCGCCGCAGCCAACCACCACCAUCACCACCACCACACACUCCACGAGGCGCCCAAGUUCACCGUGGAGACGCUGGAGCACACGGUCAACAACGACUCCGAGAUCUGGGGGCUGCUGCAGCCCUACCAGCACCUCAUCUGCGGGAAGAACGCCAGCGGAGUGCUGUGCCUGCCGGACAGCCUGAAUCUUCACCGAGACCCGCAGCGGUCAAGCAAGCCGGGAGAACUGCCCAUAUUCAGCCAGUCGGAGCUGAGGACCAUCGAGCAGUCCUUGCUGGCCACCCGCGUGGGCAGCAUCGCAGAACUGAGUGACCUGGUGUCCCGAGCAAUGCACCACCUGCAGCCCCUCAAUGCCAAGCACCACGGCAAUGGCACGCCCCUGCACCAAAAGCAGGGGGCGCUCUACUGGGAGCCUGAGGCCCUAUACACCCUUUGCUAUUUCAUGCACUGCCCGCAAAUGGAGUGGGAAAAUCCCAAUGUGGAGCCUUCCAAAGUCAACCUCCAGGUGGAAAGGCCCUUCCUCGUGCUGCCGCCGCUGAUGGAGUGGAUCCGGGUGGCCGUGGCGCACGCCGGCCACCGCCGCAGCUUCUCCAUGGACAGCGACGACGUCCGCCAGGCGGCCCGCCUGCUGCUGCCGGGCGUGGACUGCGAGCCGCGCCAGCUCAGGGCUGACGACUGCUUUUUCGCUUCUCGGAAGCUGGACGCAGUGGCCAUUGAAGCCAAGUUUAAGCAGGACCUGGGUUUCCGGAUGCUGAACUGUGGGCGGACGGACCUGGUGAAGCAGGCAGUGUCUCUCCUGGGGCCUGAUGGGAUCAACACCAUGAGCGAACAGGGCAUGACCCCCCUGAUGUACGCCUGCGUCCGUGGGGACGAGGCGAUGGUUCAGAUGCUGCUGGAUGCCGGAGCUGACCUGAAUGUGGAGGUUGUCAGUACUCCUCAUAAAUAUCCAUCCGUCCACCCCGAGACCCGCCAUUGGACGGCUCUGACUUUUGCUGUGUUGCAUGGACAUAUUCCUGUAGUUCAGCUCCUCCUGGACGCUGGGGCCAAGGUGGAGGGCUCCGUGGAGCACGGCGAGGAGAACUACUCAGAAACGCCGCUGCAGCUGGCAGCCGCCGUAGGCAAUUUUGAGCUGGUUAGUUUGCUGUUGGAGCGUGGUGCGGACCCCCUGAUAGGAACCAUGUACAGGAAUGGAAUUUCUACAACCCCCCAGGGUGAUAUGAAUUCUUUCAGCCAGGCCGCAGCCCACGGACACAGGAAUGUGUUCCGCAAACUGCUCGCUCAGCCAGAGAAGGAGAAGAGUGAUAUCCUGUCCCUGGAGGAGAUUCUGGCCGAGGGGACUGACCUGGCGGAGACAGCCCCGCCCCCCCUGUGCGCCAGCCGCAACAGCAAGGCCAGACUGAGAGCCCUGAGGGAAGCCAUGUAUCACAGCGCUGAGCAUGGCUACGUGGAUGUCACAAUUGACAUCAGGAGCAUAGGUGUCCCGUGGACCCUGCACACGUGGCUGGAGUCUUUGCGGAUCGCCUUCCAGCAGCACCGCAGGCCUCUCAUCCAGUGCCUGUUGAAGGAGUUCAAGACCAUUCAGGAGGAAGAGUACACGGAGGAGCUCAUUACCCAAGGCCUGCCCCUGAUGUUCGAGAUCUUGAAAGCUAGCAAGAACGAAGUGAUCAGCCAGCAGCUGUGUGUCAUCUUCACUCACUGCUACGGGCCCUACCCCAUCCCCAAGCUCACGGAGAUCAAACGGAAGCAGACCUCGCGCCUGGAUCCUCAUUUCCUCAACAAUAAAGAAAUGUCUGAUGUCACCUUUCUGGUAGAAGGAAGACCAUUUUAUGCUCACAAAGUGCUGUUAUUUACUGCCUCUCCAAGGUUCAAAGCGCUCCUGUCCAGCAAACCAACAAAUGACGGCACCUGCAUAGAGAUCGGUUAUGUGAAGUACCCCAUCUUUCAGCUGGUCAUGCAGUAUCUCUACUAUGGUGGCCCUGAGUCCCUUCUCAUUAAAAACAAUGAGAUAAUGGAGCUUCUGUCUGCGGCUAAAUUUUUCCAGCUGGAGGCUCUGCAGCGACACUGUGAGAUUAUCUGUGCAAAAGGCAUCAACACGGACAACUGUGUGGACAUUUACAACCACGCCAAGUUUCUUGGAGUGACAGAGCUCUCAGCAUAUUGCGAAGGCUACUUUCUCAAAAACAUGAUGGUCCUCAUUGAAAAUGAAGCAUUUAAGCAGCUCCUAUAUGACAAAAAUGGCGAAGGAACGGGCCAGGAUGUGCUCCAGGACUUACAGAGGACGUUAGCCAUCAGGAUUCAGUCAAUCCACCUGUCAUCUUCCAAAGGCUCCGUCGUAUGAAAUGUCCAGGGCAGGGAGUGCUCCCUGGAGACGUGCCAGCUCUCCUGCUGCAUUGGCUUCACACAAACAUACAAAUUUCACCUGGCGUCUGUUUUAGGCUGGGCCAUGGAGCUGCCU